CACAGACAAAUGACGUAAGAACUGAGGAGUAGACGAGGCAUCAAGUUCAUUAAUGCAUAUACAUAUGUAGAAAUGUAUUAGUUAUUAAAUUAAGGAUAUGGUUUAUUGCAUAGUUCAGGGUUGUCAUAAUGAUUCAAAAUAUACGAAGGGGGUUAGUUAUUAUCGUCUUAUGUCACAACCUCCUUUAACGAGAUCGGAAUGGUUGGAAAAGUUAAAUAUGAAGAAAUGUGUUAUGGUGACCAACAAUAGUGUUGUGUGUAGCGAACACUUUGAAGAUUAUUGUUUCGUCAGAGAUCUUAAGUCAGAAUUAUUGGGUUGUAGACCCAGAAGGUAUUUAAGAAAAGGUUCAGUUCCAACAAUAUUUAAAGAACUUCCAGAUGAAAUUGAUAAAGUUUUAACAAAGAAGAAACGGGGGAGAAAGAAAUGCAAUAUUAAGAAGAAAAUUAAAAAAGAACCAAUAUCUAUUGAAAAUAACAUAGAAAAUGUAGAAAAUGUGAAGUGCGAUUAUUGUCUUCUGACUUCAGCAUCAAAUAAUCAGGGAGUACCAGAAGAGUUAUUAGUUUGUAAAGAUUGCAAUGCUAAAGCUCAUCCUAGUUGUAUGGACUACAGUCCAGAGUUAGCCGAACGUUCUCGAAUGUUUCCAUGGCAGUGUAUUGAUUGUAAAACAUGCAGUAUAUGUGAAGAUCCAGGAAAUGCAGAUUCCAUGCUGUUUUGUGAUGCUUGUGAUAGAGGUUUUCAUAUGGGAUGUCAUUCUCCUGCAAUUAGUGAAAAACCAAAUGGUAAGUGGAUGUGUGCCUAUUGUGCAAGGGAAAAUGGUUGUGUAGAAUAUAUGGAAAAUGGUAUAGCUAAGAUUAAAUAUGAAAUCACAAAAAAACUCCAGUCAUCUAUCAAAAUAGUGAAUGGUAUAAAUGAUUUGCCUAGUUCAAAAGAAUCUACUGUUUCUGUUACUCUUAAAAAGGAAGAAAAAUCAAUAAUAAAUGGCAGAAUUAAAGACAAUUUCAAGACUGUUCAAGAUACUAAAAAUUGGUCAAUUGAUGAUGUCGUAAAAUAUUUUGUAAAUGCAGGAUUUCCAGAAGAAUCAGCUGCCUUCAAGGAACAAGAAAUUGACGGAAAAUCACUUUUACUACUAAAAAGGAACGAUGUUCUUACUGGGCUUUCACUUAAAUUAGGACCAGCAUUGAAAAUUUAUAACCACGUAAGAAAACUACAAACAGGAAGGUUUAAUGGACAAACGUAAUAUGAAAUGAAGUAUCAAAGUUGUACAGUUUGCAGGAAUUAAAAACAUUCGAAAACAAUGAAAGAAUAUCCUGUAAUGAUUUUAAUUUUCAAAAAUCUAAUUCAUGUGUCUUGUAUUGAUUUUAAAUAUUUCAAAGAAAAACAAUUUAUAAUUUUUAUUGUACAUAAGAAAAUAAUUGUUUCACUAAGAAGAUAUUUUCACAAAAAUACAUUAUUCUAUAACUAUCAUUGUAAAGUUUAGCACUUUAUGAGCAUUUUGUAGAAAUUUGUCAAUAAAUUAU